UUUUUGGCGGGGUUGGGUUGUGGGGGGUGAACAAUAUCAUAAAGCGAGAAUCACACGUCAACAAUUUUCAGUUACGAUCCCAAGGCGAGAAGCUCACACUUAUAAUCUCCAGCUUACACCAACUUCAGAUUUAUCAUUAAACCAAAACGAAAUAACAGGCUGCACGGACGACGGCCACAGCAAUGGAAAUCGCUAAGGUGGGGCGGAUCAUUUCGCAGCGGUUUUCCGUUUCUUCUUUCAUAACUUUUGGACUGUGUCUCGUGUUGACCAUCACGAUUCUUCAUUUCGAUGCAAGGACCAGAAAGAUAGAAGAGAAAUCAACCGCAAACCGUUUCCUUUUCAAGAAAUCUCUGGAUGACAAAGCUGUUCACACGCCAAGACCCGGUCCUGGAUCCCUGUAUACCCGGUGGGGUAGAACAAAAUGUCCACGUAAUUCCAGUCUGGUAUACGAUGGUGUGGUUGGUGGAUCAUUUUAUAACGAAACAGGCGGCGGAAGUAAUCUCUUAUGUCUACCUAACGACCCCAUUUGGGCCAAUUACACUGAAGUAUAUACAGGUGGAGCUCACAUAUAUAGCAGUGAAUAUAAAAUAUUUUCCCAAGAGAAAAAAAUCUUUUCUUUUGCUAACUCUGAAUCAAUUGAUAAUCACAACGUUCCGUGUGCUGUCUGUUUGACACGACAACCUGCUGUUGUUAUGAUGUUACCAGCCAGGACACAGUGUUACGCUGGUUGGAGAGCUGAAUAUUCAGGAUAUUUGAUGACCGAACAUUAUAAGAAUAAGGGCAGACAUGAAUAUGUGUGUGUGGAUUAUGCACCAGAAGCUGAUCCAGCGGGUUACAGAAACGAAGGUGGAGCUUUAUUAUAUUUUGUGGAGGGAGUUUGUGGUUCAUUACCAUGUCCACCGUAUGUCUAUGGUCGCCAAUUAACCUGCGUUGUGUGCAGUAAAUAUUGAAGGGAAUAUAGUUGAAUUUGCUUCUCUAUGAAAACUUAUGUUAACCAAUUACAAGACAUAAUAUAAUAUCAUAAAACAAUAUAGACAUUUUAAAUUCUGUUUGAUAAUAUUUUAUCGAAGUUAUAUAAAUCGUUAAAAUACUCUGCGCUACUAGUUAACAGAAAAAUAUUAUAAUGGAGAGAAAAUCGGCGCCAGAGAAUGUGAGAAUUAUGCUUAUAGAACAAUGCAAAGCUGAGUGAAUAAUUCUAGAUAAACAUUGUAUAAGGAUCAGUUCAUAAAACUAAAAUGUGGAAAUAAAAUUGUAUUUCGUUUAACUGUA